AUGCACAAAAUAAAGGUACUGGAAUUGUAUUGCGGAAUAGGAGGAUUACACUAUAGUUUACUUCAAGCUUUUAACAAUUUUGUUCAUGCAAAUAAGAUAACAGAAAAAAAAUGUGAUACAUAUAAGGAUGGUAUACAUAAUCAUAUGAGCAAUAAUAAAAGUAUCGAGAUCCAUAAAUAUCAUGAUUGUACUUUAACAUGUUUAAAUGAUUUAUUUUGUUUUAUUUCAGUAGAUUUAAACCCUGUAGCUAACCAAACUUAUUUUCAUAAUUUUAAAGAUUCGACAAUUUUGUUAACACAAACGAGAGAUGUCCAUAAAUUUUUUAAAUGGAAAUGUGAUAGUAUGGAUAAACAAAGCAAUGGAUCGACACAUAAUGAACAUGAAAAAACACAAAAAAAAAAAAAUAAAAAAAAAAAUAAUGAUGAUGAUGAAAAGAAUAAUAUUUUUAAUAUAAACAAAAAUUAUAUUAUACAAACAGACAUAAAUAAUAUUAUGCCAGAAUUUUUAAACAAUCAUCAUUUCAACAUUUUAUUAAUUUCUAAUCCUUGUCAGCCAUAUACAAGACAAAAUCAAAAAUUUAAAGAAAUAAAUUUGGAUCUCCUUUUCUGCAAGAAUAACGAAUACAAGCAAAAUGUAAAUAAUAACAUUAGUAAUGAUAACAAUAGUUUUUAUAGUAAUCAUAAUGGUGAUGAGAACCAUCAAUUUAAUGUAGAUAAUAUAAAUAUAGAUGAACUAAACAAUUAUAUAUACAAUGACAAAGAUGAAAGAACAAAAAGUUUUAUACACAUAUGCACUUUACUAACCAAAGUAGAUUUUAAAAAUUUACCAGAGUAUAUAUUUAUUGAAAAUGUAAAAAAUUUUGAACUCUCUUCUUCUUUUAUAUAUUUUUUAUAUUGUAUUAAAAAUAAUUAUUCUUUUCAGACAUAUUUACUUUCCCCUUUACAAUUCGGUAUACCCAAUGAACGACUUCGUUUUUAUUGUAUAUGUAAAAAAAAAAAUUAUGAUUUUAAACAUGCAAAUAAUUUAUCAGGAAUAAAUUAUAUAAAGGAUAAAAACCUAAAUUUAUACACAAAUUCUUUAAUACCCAAGAAUUAUUUACAUAAAAAUAAUAUACAUGAACAAAAAAAUAACCAAGGUGAUAAUUAUAAUAAUAUCUCUUGUGAAAAUGUUAUAUUCUAUACACCAAAUUUAAUAACAUAUCUAGAUGUCAAUAAUAAUUUUAAUAUAACAAAUAAUAUAUGGAAUCAUAUUAAUAUAUAUAAUAAUUAUUUGGAUAAUUAUCAAGUUCAAAAUCAAGUAUUACAAAAAAACGCUUCCUAUUGUUUUGAUAUAAUAAACAUUAAUAAAAAAACAACCACUUGUUGUCAUGUGGCAAAUUAUUAUCAUCAUCAUCAUCAGAAAAAAAAAGAAAACGUAAACAAUAUUUCUCCUGAUGAACCAACCAAGCAUAUGAACGCAAAAGGAAAUUACGCCAUGUGCUUUACUUCUAAUUAUGGAAGGUAUAUAAAAGGAUCGGGUUCUAUAUUAUAUUACAAUCGAAAGGAGAAUUCUAAUUGCGCUGAACAAAAAACAAAAAACAAAGAAACAAAUGUGUUAACAAAAGAGAAUAACGAAUAUGUACAUACAUCUAAUUACACAUGCAAUUCAAUAUCUAACUCUGAUAAUGACACAUAUGAAACACGGAGAAAAAAAAAUUGCAUGAAAAAAUAUGAACAAAAUGUAAGAUAUUUUACUCCCACAGAGAUUUCUAGAUUAAUGGGAUUUAAAAUGAAAACAAAUAAUAAAAACAUAAAUCAAAAUGAAAAAGGAAAAAACACAUAUGGAAAUGUUUUUUGGAAUAUCGAUCAUAUAAAUCAUACAUGUGCCUAUUUUAGUAAUGUACAUUAUUGUGAUGUACAAAAUAAAAAUGCAUGCUUAUUAACAUAUCAAAAUGUAACAAAUCUAAAUAAUAAUCAUACUUAUCAAAAUUGUCAUCAAAAGAAUUGUUUAUGUCAUGAAUUUGUUUUUCCAAAUUUUUUAACAGACAGACAAAAAUAUAAAUUAAUUGGAAAUUCAGUUAAUGUCAUUGUCAUAUCCUACAUUUUUCACGUCCACAAUAUAUUUGAGCAUAUACACAUAUAA